GCGCUCUUUGCUGAGCCCUAGCGAGCGGGUCGCAGCAUGAGUCGCCACUCGGACCGGGUGAGGAGCUUCUUGGAGCAGCUGGAAGCCCGGGACCACCGGGAGGGGGCAAUCCUCGCCCGUGAGUUCAGCGACAUUAAGGCCCGCUCUGUGGCCUGGAAGACUGAAGGUGUGUGCUCUACUAAAGCCGGCAGUCGGCAUGGGAACACGGGGAAGAACCGCUACAAAGACGUGGUGCCAUAUGAUGAGACGAGAGUCAUCCUUUCCCUGCUCCAGGAAGAGGGACAUGGAGACUACAUCAAUGCCAACUUCAUCCGGGGCACAGAUGGAAACCAGACCUACAUUGCGACACAAGGACCCCUGCCUCACACUCUGUUGGACUUCUGGCGCCUGGUUUGGGAGUUUGGGGUCAAGGUGAUCCUGAUGGCCUGUCAAGAGACAGAAAAUGGAAGGAGGAAGUGUGAACGCUACUGGGCCCGGGAGCAGGAACCUUUACAGGCCGGGCCUUUCUGCAUCACCCUGACGAAGGAGACAGCGCUGAAUUCGGACAUCACUCUCAGGACCCUCCAGGUUACAUUCCAGAAGGAAUCCCGCUCUGUGCACCAGCUACAGUAUAUAUCCUGGCCCGACCACGGGGUUCCCAGCAGUCCCGAUCACAUUCUCACCAUGGUGGAGGAGGCCCGCAGCCUCCAAGGACUUGGACCCGGACCCCUCUGUGUGCACUGCAGUGCUGGCUGUGGACGCACUGGUGUCCUGUGUGCUGUUGAUUAUGUGAGGCAGUUGCUGCUGACGCAGACAAUCCCUCCCAACUUCAGCCUCUUCGAAGUGGUCCUGGAGAUGCGGAAACAGCGGCCUGCAGCAGUGCAGACAGAGGAGCAGUACAGGUUCCUGUACCACACAGUGGCUCAGCUAUUCUCCAGAACUCUCCAGAACACCAGCUCCCACUACCAGAACCUCAAGGAGAACUGUGCUCCAAUCUGCAAGGAAGCCUUCUCCCUCAGGACCUCCUCAGCCCUGCCUGCUACAUCCCGCCCACCAGGGGGGGUUCUCAGGAGCAUCUCUGUGCCCGCGCCCCCGACCCUUCCCAUGGCCGACACUUACGCUGUGGUGCAGAAGCGUGGCGCUCCGGCGGGCACAGGGCCGGGGACGCGGGCGUCCAACAGCACAGACACCCCGAUCUACAGCCAGGUGGCUCCACGUGUCCAGCGGCCGGUGGCACAGACGGAGAACGCGCAGGGGACAUCGGCACUGAGUCGAGUUCCUGCGGAUCAAAACCAUUCCGGGCCUGAUGCCUAUGAAGAAGUAACGGACGGAGCGCAGACUGGCAGGCUAGGCUUCAACUUGCGCAUCGGAAGGCCCAAAGGGCCACGGGAUCCUCCGGCAGAGUGGACACGGGUGUAACGAGUGCUGGUGCCUGUUACGGCCUGUCACUCAGCGGUGGCUGGACUUCUGGAACCAUUCUGCUGCUGUGCAGUGUCUUAUGGAUGAGCGGGACUUGUGGGCCUGAAUCAAAAUAAAAGUUUCUCAGGGCAGAAAAAAUAGGGGCUUUGCCCCUGUGGUUAUAGCCGUCAAAGCCCGGGACUAGGAGAGGGGUGAGAGAGGUGGUGAAUCUUCUCUGAGAAAAUUUAAGGAGGCACAUCAGGAUUGGGCAUUGUCACCCUCCUCCCCAUGCACCUACCGGAAGUGCCUCCCAGACAGAGUCCUAACUCAGACUGGUGCCUACCUGGAUCGACAUGCUAGAGACACGUCUAGAUAGAUCCUUACAUAAACUUGCAAUGAUCAAGGAAGAUCUCCGCUGGUCAGAGAAGUGGAUCACCCAGUCAGGUAAAUAGUGUGCCAUCCAGAGAGACAGAACUUCAAGUCCUGUCAUUCUUGAGAUGCAAGAAAGUAGAACCUGGGGUUGGUGAGAUGGCUCAGUGGUUAAGAGCACUAGUCAGUUGUGAGUUCAAAUCCCAGCAACCACAUGGUGGUUGGUUCACAACCAUCCGUAAUGAGAAACAACAACAAAAAACAACAACAACAAAAAAACCAAAACAAAAGACCUAGGGGCUGGCCAGAGUGAUAGGGAGUGGAGUGAGGCUGGGUGGAGGGCGGGGCAGAGUAAGAGGGAAAAAGGGAAGGGGGGAAAUGGAAAAAAGAAAAAGAAAACAGAAAAGAAAGUAGUAGAUCCUCUGCCGGGCAGUGGUGGCGCGCGCCUUUAGUCCCAGUACUUGGGAGGCAGAGGCAGGCGGAUUUCUGAGUUCGAGGCCAGCCUGGUUUACAGAGUGAGUUCCAGGACAGCCAGGGCUACACAGAGAAACUCUGUCUUGGAAAAAAAAAAAAAAACACACAAAACAAGCAAGCAAACAAACAAAAAACCAGAAAGUAGAUCCUCAAAUGGAUGCACAAUGCUCUAGACCCCAAUCCUGUCCCCCACCCCCUCCCGCCAUAUGUCACAAGUCGGGGUCUAAGUGGCAGUUGUUCCUCUAGUCAGUCCUGACUAUGCCUUCCGACACAGUGCCUUCUCCACGCCUGUCUUGAAUUUGAUGACGGCUCUUACCCAUGAACUCCCGUAUGUAAGCAAACAUCAUUAAAAGGAUUUUUGUAGAAUUCA